ACGUGGCCCGUCAGCCGGCCCUAGCCCGGUGCCCUGGUGCUGUCACCGCCGGCCGGAGGUGCCCGGGUUCCCGGUGUGAGGAGGCUGUUUAGAGGCCAGGGACGGCCUGGCACGCGCUGGUUCCGGGGAGCCUGAGGCUGACCUGCCCGUCUGCCAGUGUUUAGGAAGCUGGGUGCCUGGCACCACGCCGGUUUCUACUUACUGUACGUGAUGCCUUGUAAAGCAGGGGCGCAAGUCUCGGCAUCGCUGGGCCGGGCGCCCUUCUCCGGGCCCUUUCUUUCUUCCUCGUGUGCCUUGUCUUUCCUCAGACCACGUGCCCCUGUACAUCAGUGAUGGGCACCGAGCCCAGGGAGCUCGCCGUGUAGCAGUGCGUGGCUGAGGAGCGGGAUGACUAGCGUACCAGGCACACCGGGCAGAAUUCGAUGAGAUACUCAAAUAGACCGUACAUAACUAACCAAGCUUAUUGUGCUGCCAUGGAGAUCUUAGAUAAUCACCGGAGUUUUAAUUAGGUACAUAUUCUGCUUUAGAAGUUCAUGUUGGAAAACGAGAAAUUCUUCCAGAAGGAAACCUAAAGUAUUAUGCUUAACUUAAUGCCCAGACUGAAGAGAAAUGUUUUAAACUACUAUGGAGGGCAAAGAAAUAUAUUUUGCUCUUGUUAAAACAUAGAUAUACUUACUGUGAAAGUCCAGGUGGGAAAAUCAGAGGCACAAGAACAAAGACAAGUCUUGGAUUUAUACUGUGUAUAAAUAGACUUACAAUUUUGCUCUGGAUAUCAGUCUGAAUGUGUUAAAAAAAAGCCAACCAGUUAAUGGAUGAGUCAGAUGAUGAUUUUAAUGAACUAUGCUCCAAACUUUUGCGAAGGGUGAGGAGGAAAGGGGCCAGAGAAGGCCUAGGAGAAACAAGGACUCAGAAGGAGACUAGGAGCAUCCAAACAAAAAGCAAAUUGAAAAGGACCAAACUUCCAACUAAGACCAAAAUCAGCCAUGACUCAACAGAAGAGAAAACAGAGCUGGGCAAGAGAGGUCCAGCAUCAGAGAAUGAAGGAAAAUGUGAGGUCACUUGCCAUGAAAGUAGAGUGGCUCCUACUUCAAAAAGAGAGGAAGACGUGCUUGCAGCCACUCAAAAAGAGCCUGUGCCACAACCGAGUCAGUCAAAAAACUGGACAGGUGUUCCAGAUGACCCUUCUCAGACAACAUCACGCUGUUUGACUGCUUUGUUACCAAGUGUCUCUAAACCCCGGGCAGCAGAGCUGGUAUUGCAAAAAAUGCAGCAGUUCAAGAGAACAGAUCCAGAAAGGUUGAAACAUGCCCCCGAAGGCUGUUCAGUGGAGACUGUACUUCAAGAAAAUGUUUCAAAAUCUGGGCAGGAGGAGGAUGCACUGAAUAACGGAAACAUUCCGGGCCUUUCUGUGACAGAGAGUGACGCAGCUCUGGCCUUGGCUUUACAGCAGGAAUUUGGUCAGGAGGCCCCCCAGAAUUCAGACAGUCUGGAGCAGGAGGGUUUGUUUUUCUGCCAGAUUUGUCAGAAGGAUCUCUCAGCCAUGAAUGCUACUCGAAGGGAACAGCAUGUUAACAGAUGCUUAGAUGAGUCAGAGAAGUCCCUGGAACCUGCCUCUAGUGCACCUAAGAUCCCAGAAUGCCCAAUCUGCGGCAAGUCGUUUACCACUUCAAAGAGCAGAAAUAGUCAUUUGAAACAGUGUGCGGUCAAGAUGGAAGUUUCUCCCCAACAACUGGUCCAGGCGGUCAGGCUGCAGACAUUUCAGCCCAAUGAGUGUUUCCCAUCAGCGUCAAACAAACCAGCUAGUGAGUCAAAGAGGAAAGGGUCAACAAAUGAAAAGAAACCACAGAAAAGGCGGAGGACAUCCAAAGCAGAGCCCAUGUCGGAGGACCUCCUUGUUGCAAUGGCAAUGUCCCAUUCUCUGAUGGAGCAAUGCAAGACGGUGACAAAUGAUGAUCUUGGAAAUAUGUUUCCAAACAGCAUAAGGCCGGGAGCAGAGAAGAAAAGUCGUAAGAGGAAACUUGUUUCCCCACCUCAAUUGUUAUUUCAAGGUUCAGAGACUUACCUUCAUCAGAUACAGGAUCGAUUUGCUGUUCUCCUCACAGAGGAAUUAGAGAUGUCUAGCACUCCACCACUUCCACUGAGCAAAAUUUUGAAAGAAGAGAUGGGCAAGGCACAUUGGUGUCUGCUUCAGCCUGAAGAAAAACAAGGCAUUCUGUGGAGAGGCAGCUCUCUGACCGGAGCUUGGCCUCUGGAGUCUUUUUAUGCUAAAGGAUUGGACCCUCCUAUUUUACCCUGGAAACCUACUAAGAGUUCAGAAAAGGGGCCUGUGCUGCCAUUAAUGGCAUCUGGCCAAUCCAAAACAGAUGUGCAAGAACCGCCUGCCCUCAGGGAGCGCACUUCUGAAGGCUUUAACUGUAAAACUCCAGAAAAGCCUAAUUCCAGGAGGCAGUCGCUUUCCGGUAGCCAAAAAGACCAUCAGGCUCUGCAGGUCCUCGUGGAUCUGGCAGGAGAAGGGCUGACUCUCACCCAGUGGAAUAGCAGUGCUGAAAUCCAUUCCAGAAGUCCGUCAGGGAAAGAUCUGGGGUCCUGUGAUCUUCCACUGAGUGGAUUUGUCUUAUCACCCAAAGAGAAGGAACGCCGGAGAAGCCGCAAUUCUGCACUGUCACUUAGUUUGCUGUCUGCUGAUUUUGGUGCAAUGGUCAACAACCCCCACCUGAGUGAUGUGCAGUUCCAGAUGGACUCUGGAGAUGUGCUCUAUGCUCACAUGUUUGUGCUUUAUGCACGAUGCCCACGUCUCAUUCAGAUCGUACACAACGAAGGUUUCUUUGUAGUGGAAGAUGGGAAUUUGAGAACACGCAGAGUCCUUUUGAAUGAAGUGAGCACUGAGGCAGCUCACGUGUUUCUACAGCACCUGUACACAGCCGACGCUCACAUUCCUUCCCAUCUGCUCGCCGACUUGCAGGCGCUAGCCAUCAGGUUUGGAGUGAAGGAACUUGCUGGUCUAUGUGAAAGUGGUCUAGAGGCUAUGGAUAUUAGUUCAGAAGAUGAUAUGUUUUUGGUAGGGAAAGAAGAAGAGGACUGUGAAAGUAGAGCAGAAAAUUUCCAAGAAUUAUUGAGGUCAGUGUGGGUAGAUGAAGAUAAGGAAUCAGAGCUUGUACUUAAGCUGGAAGACCAGGAAGAUGACGGAGAGAAAGUAAACGAAGAGGAGAUGGAAGAAAUUUAUGAGUUUGCUGCUACUCAGAGAAAGAUGCUCCAAGGGAAGUGUCAAACAAAGGAAGAGUCAGUAGCUGGCCAGCCAGGGGAGGAAAUUCCAGCAUUUGAAAGUCUUCCAGCAAGUAUCAGAUUUAAAAAGCAGAUGGAGGAUACAUACAAAACAGACUCUUCCGAGCAAGUGAAGGGUCAAGAGCCAAGUGUGAGCAGCAAUUUAAAUAUUAAACAUUUCAUUCCUGCUCCAUGCCAGAAAAAGAUUCCAGAUGAUGAGGGCGGUACAGAGUCUCCUGAAAAAGAUUGUUCACCAAAGUCAGCUAAAGCUGUUACUCACCCUGAUCUUUUGGUAGAAGGCAAAGGAGAUAGUCUAAGAGAAAAACUCACAUCUCUAGACUCACUCCAUGGUUUUGAUCUUGAUAAGAGCUGUGAUCAGCUUUUCUCAGUGACUCAAGGAGAGUACUGUGAGCCUUCCCAAAUAAACUGCAAUCCAAAGAAACAGAAAGGGGAUUUCCCAGAGAAGGAAGUUUCUAGUUCACCCAUUCUUUGCCAGACACCUCCGUUGCAGCCAGACUUCUUUCCAUCACACAACCACCGUCAGAGUCCUUCCAAAUCACAAAUCUUCCCUCAGUGUAGAUGUGGUUCAUCCCCAUUAUCUCCUCGAUUAAGAAGGAAAUUUUCCAAGAUAGUCUCUCCUCCAAUUUUAUCAGAAAAACAGCAGGAAAAAAACGAUAUCCACACUUUGUAUGAAGACCGAGCCUGCAAGGACAGAAGUGAGUGUGUUCAUAUUUCAAGCCAUAAAAAUACAGCAGCCCUGAUUUCUCCAGUUAAACCUCUGUCCAUUGACCUAACUCAGCCAAAAUCUUGCCAAAGGCUGUUCCAGUCAAAUAUCAGAUCUCAGAAUUCUCCAUCACAAGUGAACAGAGAUGAUGAUAUUAUCCUUUUGUUGGAUUCAGAUGAAGAAAUGGAGCUAGAACAGACCAAAAUGAAACCAGUUUCUGAUAGUCCCUGUGGAGAAAGAACCCUUGUCGGUAAAGGCGAGGAAGUAAAAAAUGGUCCCAGAGCAUCCAAACCUUUUCUAAUUAUUGAUAUUGACAGUGACCAAAGGCAUCCUCAGAGCCCAGUAGCCACAGAAGCUGGGGUACGUAGUGAUAGGGGUGCAGAUGUUCUGACUGACGUGCAGUCGCACAGAGAGGGGAAUAGCAGUUUGGAUGAAGAACCGGAUUCUAGACUGAUCUCCAAACAUGACGACGGCAAAGAGGAAAGCAGCAGCACAGAUACUUCAUGGCUGGUUCCAGCCACUCCGCUUACUAACAAGAGCCAUAGCUGCUUAUCCCACAUGCGAGUCACAAGCAUCAUCUCUAGGCCGUGUGUUUCCAGUUUCCAGGAUAAAGUUUUACAGGGAAAGACUAAAGUACUGAUAGAAAAUAAAGAUGCUAACGAAAUAACAAACAAAGUAUCUAUAAAUGUGCCCCAGACAUCAUCUCAUCUGGUACCCAUUACUUCAGAGACCAAAUCAUUCUCAGAAACUUCAGUCAGUGAGAGAUGCUCUUAUAGAAGCCCUGCCAUUCAGUAUUCAAAGGUUAAUAAGAACCUUUCGACACUAGUACCAGUUCAGUUUUUACCUGAGCGUACUGACCUAAUUAAACACUCUUUGGAAAGCCCAUCAUCACACUCAAGGCUUUCUUCUGCCGAUGACAAACCUGUGCUGAUCCCAAAUGUAUGUAGUGAAGUGGUAGAAGUUGUGGAUAGUGAGGAAGAGCAGGACCUUGAUCCUUGCCCUCUGAGUAGCAGCUUACUGCUACCCAGUGACCCACCGAUUCCAGUUGACGAUGACUAUUGGAAUAUGGAACCUCUCUCACCAAUCCCAAUUGAUAACAUGAACUUAGAGAGGACUGGCCACCUAAGUACUAGUAGUCCCAACGAUAAAGUAUGUGAAACUCGCAAUAACAGGGAGAGAAACUCCCCUGGAACCCCGAGUACAGUGGUCAGCACUUCUGUUUAUGGAAGUCCCAUCGACAAAAGAAGAUCUUUACACUGUAAUGAAAAGAGAUCCUUAUGUACAGGCUCACCUGGAAACAGUAAUCCGAGCUAUUUGAAUUCAGCGCUGUGGGACGAUUGGGAUGGAGAACAAAAGUCUACAGAAAAUCUUCCUUUGGCUAAAAGAUUGUCAGAUGAAGCAACUCAAGAUCUAGAAGUGUUAAAGACUCCAAAAGCUGCUGAUCGGAAGACUAAUAGGCCCCCCAAAGUUCCUAUAACUCCAAUGCCAAGUUAUUCUAUCAUGGAAACACCAGAGCUAAAGAAAGAAUUGAAUCGAUUUGGAGUCCGUCCUCUCCCCAAACGCCAGAUGGUGCUGAAGCUGAAGGAGAUUUUCCAGUACACCCACCAGAUCCUGCCAUCUGACUCUGAGGAUGAAAUCCAGGCUCUGCAGACCUCCCCGAGGAUGGUGGCAGAGCCUCGCUGGCUGACUCAGACAACUUCUCAAGUCAAGACUUCAGGAGCAGGGAAUGAGUUACCGCCAGCUUCCUCCAGUUGUGCCCUGCCCCCUGUGGAGGGUGGUCAGUCAGAAGCUUCAGAGAAGUUAUCCAGCAUCGGUCACCAAAAGCUGAAGAAUCUCACAAAAACCCGAGGCAGAAAGAAGCAGCCACAUAAAGCCAUCCUAACACUAACACAGCCACCAGCUGAAGAUGUGCACUCAGGCCCUGCCAGUGAUAAUCACCUCUUAGCGUCUCAGAAAUCCAUCGCUUCUUCUACAGAUGAAAGUGAAAACUCCUUUGGUUCACAAAGUUCUACUGCCAGCGAGUUUGAAACAGUCUUCGAAUCUGAAGGGGAAGAAGAGGAGGAGAUCACUGCUUCCCAAGCUGCUGCCCGGGACACCGACAAAGAGGAAGCAGCAAGACGCUACAUCCGAUCCCAUCCAGCCCUUUACCAGAAGGUUCUCCUUUACCAGCCCUUUGAGCUCACAGACUUGCAGGCAGAGCUGAGGCAGAAUGGCAUUAAAUUUGCCAUGGGGAAGCUGUUAGACUUUCUGGAUGCUCACUGCAUUACUUUCACCACAGCUGGAGCCAGAAAGGAAAAGUUAAAGAAGAAACUGCAGCCAGGUGGCAAAAAACGGGGGAAACGCUAUUGAGGGGGGCCACCCCUUUCUCUUUUGUGUCUGCCCAUCAACAGUCUGGAGCUCUUGUCAUCCUCAGGAUCUGAGUCUUGUCAGAGCUUGCUCGGGGAGUUGCUCAUCUGCUCCAGGUCAUCUGCCCACCAACAGUCAAACAGCAGGAAAAGCCAGACAUCCCACUGCAUUUCUGGAUUCCUGUGACUCAAGAUUGUUUUGUUCGUGUGAAAAUCCUCUAAAAGAAUCAUGAGCUAUCUGACCUGAAUUUUCAGCUCACUUGGAGCCUUACCUUAAAGUGCAGACCAGAAAGUUACAUUCAGCAUUUUACCCCAGGUAAAAGGAAGCACUGCCCACUUGGACAUCUGGGCUUAUCUCCAACAGAUACUUCACUUGAAUCCAAGAAGAGCCUUUUAUUAUUUCCCAUGAGUUGUGAGCAGCAGUGGAACAAGUCAGAGGCAGUCACAGAAGUGAGGACACUGGACACCCCUCUUUCCUGUGGUGUCCGGCUUUGAUCUCUGUGUACGUGUCUCUCUUGCCCCGCUCCGUGCACAGAGGACGCCAUGUGUUUAAGGCCUUCUUCCCAGAUUGACUCUUCCUCUAAUCUAGUACUUAGGACCUCUUCUCUCUCUGACUUUUUAAAGAAAGGGCAUUUUUAGAUGCUAGCCUACCUUGACCAUUUGUCUUCCGUGAUGUUUGCCUUGUCUCUUGAGGUCUCCAUUUGUUUUUUAGCUUUCAGAUGUUUUCUUCGCUGUUUUGGAUAGACUGUCAUACGUAUUUCCACUAUAGAAAAGAAAGUUUGCACAGUACAUUUUUAUGACUUGGAGAUGGAUUUGCUGAAGAUGUCUUCAAAAUGUCAAACGCUUAGAAAAAACAACCUGAAUGUUGAAAUUCAGUUCUUUAUAUUAUGUCCUAUAUUUAAAAAGAAAGAAAAAAGAAGGAACCAGUGCAAGGGCCAGGAUGCUUCUCUUGGGUGUUAUCGUUUUCUUCUUCUAACUCCUGCCUUUUGGGUGCUUUGCUGUCCUCUUUUGCUGCAAACUCUUCUUGUUUUGCAGUAACUUUCUCAUUCGCACCCCUGUUUUCACCUAGUCCUCUGUCUUCUUAAUCGUCUGUCUCAUUCCUACAUUCAGAUUUCACCUCCAACUUCUGGGCCUUUUCUGCGCUUAGGAAUGGAGUUGCCAGAGUUUUCGGUUUAGGACCUUAGUCAGUCAGCAGAAUUAGCCCGUGUGUUCCAGACCCGGUCUCUUGCCGUCUCAGGCUUCAGUUCUGUCCACAGUGUUACAUAAUGGUCUGAACUGAUCUUAAAAGUUUCUCCCUUCUCAUGAUGAAGAGAAUUUAUCCCUUUCUCCUCAUGUUUUAGCAACUUCUUGUCCCCAGCUCCUUAUUCUUUCCAUUCCUGGCAUUCUUGGGUCCAAAUGCUUCUUUGCUCACAUCUUAAAGAGUUCUUUCUUCCUUCUUCCUUCAUCCUCCUUCUUCCAUUGUGGGUCAUGGCUCAGGUCAUCCACAUUCUCAGUGGAGGUGAUGUGUUUCUCAUGAGUUUCCUUGGCAGCUAUCAUUGGAACUGGUUUGGGACACCUCCCUGUGUUGCCUUUCCCCAAGUCGUGUGGUUGUGCAUGCGAGGACUCCAUGUUAGUGGCAGACUGGCCAUCAGUGACUCCAUGGAAGCAACCCUGUAAGAGACCAAAUGUUAGGGGUUUUUUAUGAGCUGUGGAACAGCAGAGCAAAAAUGUAGUAAAGCAGACUGGAAAAGAAGGAAAGAUUUGAAGCCUGCGAUCAGUAUUAAUGUUUUUAUCUAUUUUGUAAAUAGCACAACUUGAGUUUUAUGUGAUAUGCAAUUAAAAAAAUGCUUCAUAAGAAUUGUUCAGAUGUUGAACUUCUCACAAACUUACGGCUUUUCUCCCUUCUAGAGGAGGCUGUUCUGUAACUUUCCUUCCUGCUUUUGUAAUAAGAAGCCCCGCCCCCCCCCGGAGUCCAUCCCCUUUGGCUUCUCCCCUAUUGAAAAGCAACAUGCAUUCGCCAUCACAAGUAUCACUGUCACUACCAGUAUUUUAUAUGUAAAGGAGGAAGCUGGCACUUGAAAGAGUGAAGUGACUUACCAGGAUAUCAGAUGUUGGAGCCAGGACUCAAACUCAACUCCCGUGCUUUUUCCACAACGUAAGACACCUCACCUCACCACAUUUCCAUGUGCCGUCCCAUUGGGGAAGACCUGAAACCAACGUUCCUUUGUUCUAGGGUCUCAGAGACUGUACAGCUGAGCAUCAUAAUUAAACAUGUGCAUAUCAGUUCUUUUACUGAGAAAAGAUAUCUUCCCUCCCUUCUUGGAGCUCCCUUUUGUAAUGAUAUAAAUACUUCAGAGUGGAACUGCAACAUAGAAUUAAUACAUUAGGGGACAGUGACUGGACUUA